ACCCCCAGCCUUGAGGCGGCCGCGGCCCCUUUAAGGCGCGGGGCAUUGUGGGUGUGGGGAGUGGAAUUUUGGAACGAAAUGUAGCGAAGAGAAGUACAGUAGUAAGAGUAACAUUGUAGCCGCCGCCGGCCAAGGGGGCGCGCCGGGGAGGGGACGCCGCACCCCCUUUCUGCCGCAGGAACCCCCAUCAAACCCCAGGGGGAGGAGGCGUCCGAGGACCCGCUUCGGCCCCGGCCACGUUCCCCCCAGGAAGCCGGACUCUAUGGGGCGGGACCCUGGGGGAGACUGAGCAGAACCUGGAGCCAGCCUCGAACCCCUGAACCGCGAGCCAGGGGCGCCCCGGGAGCCUUCACCCCGUGGGCGCGCCGCCCGCCCGUGAGCAGCCAUGAGCGAGACGGUCAUCUGCUCCAGCCGGGCCACUGUGAUGCUUUACGAUGACAGCAACAAGCGGUGGCUGCCUGCCGGCACAGGUCCCCAGGCCUUCAGCCGUGUCCAGAUCUACCACAACCCCACAGCCAACUCCUUCCGGGUCGUCGGCCGGAAAAUGCAGCCGGACCAGCAGGUGGUCAUCAACUGUGCCAUCAUCCGAGGUGUCAAGUACAACCAGGCCACUCCCAACUUCCAUCAGUGGCGCGAUGCCCGCCAGGUCUGGGGCCUCAAUUUCGGCAGCAAGGAGGACGCGGCGCAGUUUGCCGCAGGCAUGGCCAGUGCCCUAGAGGCGUUGGAAGGAGGGGCGCCCCCGCCACCCCCCACAGCACCUCCCACCUGGUCGGUCCAGAACGGCCCCUCCCCAGAGGAGGUGGAGCAGCAGAAAAGGCAGCAGCCGGUCCAGCCGGAGCACGUGGAGCGUGAACGCAGGGUCUCCAGCACAGGAGGCCCGCCUGCUCCCCCAGCUGGGGGGCCACCCCCACCUCCAGGACCACCCCCUCCUCCAGGUCCCCCUCCGCCCCCGGGUCUGCCCUCCUCAGGGGUCUCGGCUGCAGGGCAAGGAGCAGGAGGAGGCCCACCCCCUGCGCCCCCUCUCCCCACGGCACAGGGCCCCAGCGGUGGAGGGGCCGGAGCCCCUGGACUGGCCGCAGCCAUUGCCGGCGCCAAACUCAGGAAAGUCAGCAAGCAGGAGGAGGCCUCAGCGGGGCCCGCGGCUCCCAAAGCCGAGAGCGGCAGGGGCACAGGUGGGCUCAUGGAAGAGAUGAAUGCCAUGCUGGCCCGUAGAAGGAAAGCUACACAGGUUGGGGAGAAACCCAAGGAUGAAUCUGCCAAUCAGGUGGAGCCAGAGGCCAGAGUCCCAGCCCAGACUGAAUCUGUGCGAAGACCCUGGGAGAAGAACAGCACAACUUUGCCAAGGAUGAAGUCUUCUUCUUCAGUGACCACUUCCGAGGCCCACCCCUCUACACCAAGCUCCAGUGAUGAGACAGACCUGGAGAGGGUGAAACAGGAACUUCUAGAAGAGGUGAGAAAGGAGCUGCGGAAAGUGAAAGAGGAAAUAAUUGAAGCCUUUGUCCAGGAACUGAGGAAGCGGGGUUCCCCCUGACCACAGGGACCCGGAGGAUCGCACUUCUCCUUUCCGCACACCCUGCCUGUCACCCAGCUUUUCCCUGCCUCGACUUGACUUGGAAUUGGCUGAAGACUACACAGGAAUGCAUCUUUCCCACUGCCCAUCCCGCUUGGAAAAUUCCAAGGAGGUGUGGCUUCCUUGGUGCCAUGCCCACACCCAUACCGGCUGCUGAUUGGCUGAGGAGGCCCCCACCCUCUGCUCCCUUUGGUCCUUCCCCUCUGCCAUCCCCUCUGGGCUGGUUCCUCUACUGGGGAUGUACCAAUUAGCCCCACAGUCAGGGGGAAGGAAGGAGGGAAUUACACAUUCCCUGGUUCUACUUUCACUUUAUCGCUUAAUGCCUUCAAUUUUUUUUUCUUUUUUUUUUUUUAAGAAAAUAAAUAUAUAUAUAUUUGGGUUUUUUGGGGGGUGGGAAGGGAAAUUUUUUUCGCUUUGGUUUUGAUAAAAUGGGGUAUGGGGAGUUUUUAAAUGCAAUAGUCCCAGGCUUGUCCCAUUUGGGGCAGCUAUUUAAGGGGGGGGCUGUCCCUUCAGGUUGGGGGUCCCUCACCCCAGUCCAGGGACCUUUCCCCCUUCCCUUUGGCUCCUUCCCCUUUUCUAUGAGGAAUUAAGAUGCUGUAACUUUUUGGAACCUCAGUUUUUUGGUUUUUUAUUUGAGUAGGUUUUGGGGUCCAGGCCAUUUUUACCCCUGGAGAAAAUAAGAUGAGGAAGAAAGGAUAAAGGGAGGAAACCUCUCCUGCCUUCACCUUUAGCUUCUUGAAAAUGGGCCCCUGCAGAAUAAACCUGCCGGUUUUUAUAAAU